AUCAUGGUCAAUCCAACCGGGAAGAAAGGAAAGUUUCGAGCGGUUGACUGGUGCGUUGAAUUGAAUAAACCUUUUCACAAAGUCAGUAAACAAAAAUCACAGGUUACCAAUGGAGGAAAAGGAUCAAACCACACUGUUUCGAGGAUUAUAAUGGAGUCUCCACUCAUUCAGAUAUACCGGAACUUGCAUACAAUGUUCCAGAAUGACUUUCUGCAUGUUUCAAAACAAACGACUAAACACGCAGAGGCAGAUAUGUCAAAAAUGUUCCAAGUCCUAUGCAGACACAUGAGAAAAACACUCCUCAAACGAAGUAGUAAAGGGGCGCGGAAGCCAUUACAGUAUCCCUGA